AACAAGUAGUAUUUAUAUAUAGACUAUUGAAGGAUACAAUAGCAAUGUACCGUACGUAAUCAAAAUCACAAGAAAAUAACAAUUUGGCAGUGAUGAGGAACAGAGGCGAGUACACUCCAUUAUUUGAAACAAAAAAUGGCAGAGGAAACUUUAUCUAUAGACUAUUUGCAAUAUCAUUAUUUGUAUCCAUAUGCUUCAUCUGGUUUUACAGAUUCAACCACAUCAUCAUCAUAACCACAAACUAUACACAAGAAAAAAAUGGAGGAAAUUGGGUGUGGCUUGGUUUAUUUGCUGCAGAACUUUGGUUUGGAUUUUAUUGGAUCCUCACUCAGGCUCUCAGAUGGAACAGGGUUUUCAGACAAACAUUCAAGAACAGACUCUCCCAAAGAUAUGAGCACAUGUUACCGAAAGUGGACAUCUUUGUAUGCACAGCAAAUCCAGUAAUUGAACCACCAAUUAUGGUAAUCAACACAGUGCUAUCUGUUAUGUCUUAUGAUUAUCCAUCUGAAAAGAUGAGUGUGUAUUUAUCUGAUGAUGGUGGUUCAGAAUUAACCUUCUAUGCUCUGUUAGAGGCUUCUACUUUUGCAAAACAUUGGGUUCCUUUUUGCAAGAGAUUCAAAGUGGAACCUAGGUCACCUGCUGCAUAUUUUAAUACCACCCUUCACUCAUCAUCAGAUUCUUUAUCAGACAUUAACUUUGCUAAUGAGUUGGCAAUUGUCAAGAAAUUGUAUAACGAAAUGGAAAGACGAAUAAAAGAUGCAACAGAGUUGAAGAGAGUACCAAAUGAAGCACGUUUAAAGCAUGAGGGAUUUUCUCAAUGGGAUUCAUAUUCAUCUCCACGUGACCAUGGCACAAUUCUUCAAAUACUAUUUCAUAAAAAGGACCCAAAUAACUCUAAAGAUGUAGACGGUUUCAUUUUGCCAACUUUGGUGUAUUUAGCUCGUGAGAAGAGGCCUCAAUAUCACCACAACUUCAAAGCUGGGGCUAUUAAUUCAUUGUUAAGGGUGUCUUCGAUUAUCAGCAACGGGAAAAUAAUUCUAACUGUAGAUUGUGACAUGUACUCAAACAAUUCAGAAUCUAUAAGGGAUGCUCUCUGUUUUUUCAUGGAUGAAGAGAAAGGCCAUGAAAUUGCUUAUGUGCAAUUUCCACAAAACUUUGAGAAUGUCACUAAGAAUGAUUUAUAUUCGAGUGCUCUACUAUUGGUUAGCGAGGUAGAGUUUCAUGGUGCGGAUGGCUGUGGUGGCCCUUUGUACAUAGGAACUGGCUGCUUUCACAAGAGAGAAUCUCUUUGUGGAAUGAAGUUUAGUGAUGAAUAUAGGCAUAAUUGGAUGAAUGAAGAUGACUUGUUCAUAGAAGCAAACUUGCAUGAACUAGAAGAAAAAUCAAAGGAUCUAGCAAGCUGCUCAUAUGAAGAAAACACACUAUGGGGAAAAGAGAUGGGUUUGAAAUACGGGUGUCCGGUGGAGGAUGUGAUAUCAGGUUUGUCUAUACAAAGUCAAGGAUGGAAAUCAGUGUACUACAAUCCACCAAGGAAGGCUUUUUUAGGUGUAGCUCCAACUUCUUUGCUUCAAGUACUUGUUCAACAUAAGAGAUGGUCUGAAGGAGACUUUCAAAUUUUGCUAUCUAAGUAUAGUCCUGCAUGGUAUGGUUUUGGAAGGAUUAGUUUUGGCCUCCAAAUGGGAUAUUGUGCUUAUUGCUUAUGGGCACCUAAUUGUUUAGCAACAUUAUAUUACUCCAUCAUCCCUUCACUUUAUCUCAUCAAAGGCAUCAACUUGUUUCCAAAGAUGUCAAAUCCUUGGUUCAUACCUUAUGCAUAUAUAAUAAUUGGAGAAACUAUUUAUAGUUUGUUGGAGUUUCUUUCAUCUGGAGGUACAUUUAAAGGUUGGUGGAAUGACCUAAGGAUAUGGUUAUACAAGAGAACAAGUUCUUACCUAUAUGCCUUUAGUGACACAAUCUUGAAGCUUUUUGGAUUUUCAGAUCCAGUCUUUACAAUCACAUCUAAGGUUUCUGAAGAAGAAGUUUCCAAACGCCAUGAGAAAGAAAUUAUGGAGUUUGGAACAUCUUCACCAAUGUUCACUAUAUUAGCAACACUAGCAAUGCUAAAUUUAUUUUGUUUAGUUAGUGUAUUGAAGGAUGCAAUUUUGAGAGAUGGUGGGUUUGGAGCUUAUGAGAAAAUGGGAUUACAAGUUAUGUUGUGUGGUUUUUUGGUUCUCAUUAAUUUGCCUAUAUACCAAGGCCUUUUCUUAAGGAAGGAUAGUGGAAAAUUGCCAAGUUCUCUUGCCAUGAAAUCAACAACAUUGGCUCUAGCUUUAUUUAUCUCUUUUAGAUUUGUAUGAUAAAAAUAAAUACUUAUACUUUAAUGUUCUUGUUUAAUUGGAAGGAUAUUAUUAGUAUUCAACAUGCAAUUUUGUUGUUCUGUUUUUUA